CUACUUGUGUUGAAUGGAUCACGGCCUAGGGUGGGACAAGAGCUUCUGACGUCUCCACAUUUCCUAGUCCGCUCCCCUUCAUAUACUUUCAGCAAUAUAUGUGUCAAUUGGAACCGCAUGCAACUCUGGGGGAGGCUUACGAGUAUUUAGGGAAAUAACAAUUUCUGUGCUAUUGAAUUAUCCGAAAUAACAAUCAGAAAUGGACGAGAAGUGUUUUACAAAGGAGAUCGACCUAUGGAUCGAACAAAUCAACGACUGCAAACAGCUGUCAGAGAGCCAAGUCAAAACUCUUUGCGAAAAGGCGAAGGAGAUUCUGACCAAGGAAUCCAACGUGCAGGAGGUCCGAUGUCCGGUCACAGUGUGUGGAGACGUCCACGGCCAGUUCCACGACCUCAUGGAGCUCUUCAGGAUCGGAGGGAAGUCUCCAGACACAAACUACCUGUUCAUGGGAGACUACGUGGACCGAGGCUACUACUCUGUAGAAACUGUCACACUACUUGUAGCACUAAAGGUUAGGUACCGUGAACGCAUCACAAUCCUUCGGGGGAACCACGAAAGCAGACAAAUCACACAAGUGUACGGCUUCUACGACGAGUGCCUAAGGAAAUACGGCAAUGCAAACGUAUGGAAAUACUUCACAGACCUCUUCGAUUACCUUCCUCUCACAGCCUUGGUAGAUACUCAGAUAUUCUGUCUUCACGGAGGCCUGUCGCCGUCCAUAGACACGUUGGAUCACAUCCGAGCGCUGGACCGUUUGCAGGAAGUGCCACACGAGGGCCCCAUGUGUGACCUGCUGUGGUCAGACCCAGAUGACCGUGGGGGCUGGGGCAUCUCCCCCAGGGGGGCCGGCUACACCUUUGGCCAGGAUAUAUCUGAGACAUUUAACCAUGCCAACCGCCUUACCCUGGUCUCCAGAGCUCACCAGCUGGUUAUGGAGGGUUACAACUGGUGCCACGAGCGAAACGUGGUAACGAUAUUCAGUGCACCAAAUUACUGUUACCGUUGUGGUAACCAGGCAGCCAUCAUGGAACUCGACGACACCCUGAAAUACUCCUUCCUGCAGUUUGACCCUGCGCCUCGUAGAGGGGAACCCCAUGUCACCCGUCGCACCCCAGACUACUUCCUGUAAAACCUCACCCCUUGUACAGUAUUGCCAUGAUUUAUGAAAGUACCUUCAGCAUCCAACACCGUGGGGGCGGGCAACACAACAAAAUGUCAAUGUACAUAAUUGUAUUCACACAAACCACUAUUUAAGCACUCACAAAACGUCUGUACAUGGACCACAAAGUGUGUGCCAUAUAUGUAUUACAAAAUGCUGAUCUUGAUGUCCAAGAUCACAACUCUAAUUCCUUACUCCUCUAGCUCUUCUCCUCUGUUCCAAAUCUCAAGGUCAGCGCAGUAAUCAAGUUUUGUUAAUUGAAAAGUUUUCAAUCCAAUGCACCAUGCAUUGCUUAUUUUGUGAAUCCCCACUUUUUGUAUUAUUAUUAUUAUAAUAUUUUUUUAAACCUGUUUGCACUUUUUUGUUUACGUUAAAGGUUCAAUGCAGAUGUUUUUAUCUCAAUAUCAAAUCACCAGGCUGGUCAAAACUCCAUCCCACCAAAACAGCAUGAAAUGUCAGGUGUUUUUUUUCAAACAGCUCUUACACUAAAAAGGGUAUUAUCACCAUUUAUUAUUCCAACCUCAUAAUGUGGAAAUGUAUAUAAAACACAGGAAAAUCACAUUUGACUCCACUGGGCCUUUUUUGUUUUUACAAGUCAGAAGAUGGCUGUUUCACUCUACAGAAAGUUUUAUUUUGGGUCUUUUCCUUUUUGUUGUCACCAGCUUUUUGCUGGGUUAAACAGACGCCCAUCCAAUUGUGUAUGGUAGACAGAUUGAGAAAUGCCAUUGUGGAAAUAGUCACUCACAAUCCUCAUGAUGAUGAUGAUUUUUAGUGUCUGUAUUGAGGGAUCCUGUUGAAUAAAGAUAGAAGUUGCUUCUUGA